AUGGCCACCACACCGGAGGAAUUCUUCGUCAAGGAUCUCACGGAGCAGCCACCAGCAUUCCCACCUGUCUUUCCUGACCUUCGCCAGAAGCCCAAUGGCAGCAGCGAGGGCCAGCAUCAUGUUCCUAAUGCCAUGAUGCUCCCUUACAUCGCACGCAUGCUCAUGGAGGAUGACGAUGGCGAUAAUAACCUCACUGAUCACCCUGCGCUACUCCAGGUGCAGCAGCCCUUUGUGCAAAUCCUCCGCUCCCUUUCCUUCGACGCUAACACAUACACCAACAACACGGAGGGGCCCAAAGAUUUUUUGCAUGAAGACCAUGGUGGUGAAAGAGGGAUUAGUUUGCCCUUAUCCAACGGUACAUAUGUGGUGGGGGCAUCGUCCUUGGAGUGCAUGGAAGAAGCCAACAUGUUCUUGCCCAAAGACAACAACUUGACAAAGGAUGAGCAGGGGAAUCAAAUCAGGGAAAGCAACGUUAUUGGUAGUAGGAUCAAGAAAAGGUAUAACAGGGAUCACCUUCUAGAGGAGGAGGUAAGAAGUACCAGCAAAGCUAUGAUGAUGAUCAAGGAGCCAGAGGAGAAAUGUGGCAACGAGAUGCUUGGCAAAAUGAUGUUGCAUGCCUAUGAGGCAUGCAUCACGCGUAUGGAACGUGUCACCUUGGACAAUAAUGGCUCAGAUAAAAGAAACAAGAAGAAUUGGAGGAUCAAAUCGGCAAGGAACAAUGUGGUCGACAUAGGCACAUUGUUGAUGUCUUGUGCACAGGCGCUAGCAGAGGGCGAUCACAUGAGAGCACAUGAGCUACUGAUGCAAAUCAAGCAACAUGCUUCGGCAACAGGGGAUGGCACCCAACGGCUAGCUCAUUGUUUCACCAAGGGGCUAGAGGCACGCAUAGGGGGCAAAGGGAGGAAGAUUUGGCAGUUGCUUAUGUUACAGCACCCCUCAGUGGUGGAGUUCCUCGAGGCCUUUAACCUUUACACUAAAGCUUGUUGCUUCCUCAAUGUGACAUUCAUUUUUUCAACAAUGACCAUCAUGCAGGCCAUGGUGGGUAAGAGCAGGUUGCAUAUUGUGGAUUAUGGUAUGCGUUACGGGUUCCAAUGGGCAGGCUUGCUCCGCUUGCUAGCAAGUAAACAAGGCGGCCCGCCGGAGGUGAAGUUCACCGCCAUAACCCGGCCCAAGCCUGCAUACUACCCAAGUGACCAGAUUGAGAAAAUAGAGUGCCGGCUCAUGAAAUGUGCCCAUGAGCUUGGCUUCCCUUCGUUCAAGUUCCACGCAAUCAUGAGAAACUGGGAGGAUAUUUCCAUCAUGGACUUGCACACAGACGUUGAUGAGGUGCUUGUCGUGAGUGACCUCUUCAGUUUCAGCAUAUUGAUGGAAGAGAGCAUAUUCUUCGAUUCUCCAAGCCCUAGGGAUACUGUUCUCAAUAACAUCAAGAAGAUGAGGCCAGAUGUAUUCAUCCAGAGCGUUGUGAAUCGUUCGUAUGGUUCCUGCUUCUUGUCACGGUUUCGGGAGAUGCUCUUCUAUUACAUGGCAAUAUUUGAAAUGUUGGACAGAACUAUCCCAAGGGAGAGUAAAUCUCGAUCGGUGCUAGAGCAAGUCCUCCUUGGACAUUAUGUUUUUAAUGACAUUUCAUGCGAAGGCAUGGACCGAGUGGAACGCCCUGAGAAAUAUAGACAAUGGAAGACAAGAAACCAACGGGCAGGCCUAAGGCAGCUGCCACUAAAAUCAUGCAUUGUAAAGGCAGUGGAAGACGAGGUCACGAAGCAUUACCACAAAGACUUUAUGAUUUGCCAGGAUGGCCAAUGGCUUCUGCAAGGAUGGAUGGGCCGUGUCCUCUUUGCCCACACGGCAUGGGUAGCAGAAGAUGCCUCUUCUUCAUGA